GAGGAGAACAAAAUGGGCAUCUGUCAGACUCCGGAGAGCGAGCGAGAGAGAGUGUGUGCCCGUCACUGAAAGCAGCUGAAUGAGCGGCGUUUUGGUCACGAUGGCUCCAGAAACGCAUGACAGUGACAGACGGGGCACAGGGUCAUCUGUAAUGUAUUGUGACUGAUGUGGUCUGCUGUAGUGUGCGGUAUGCACUGUGUGUAGUGCACCUGUUUUGGUUGGGUGAGCGGUGAAGUGUGACUGAGUGUGUGCGGUACUGAAGGACCAAAUAAGCAAGAAAUUUGAACAUGAAGUACAAGAAGUUCAUCACCAUCAUGCAAGCUGCCAUCGGGAUUGCGCCCCUCAACAAAAGGGAGCUGCUGCCCCCUGGCAGGAAGCUGUGGAGGCCCUCUGGGGACCACUCUGGCACAGACGUAUUCAAGUUUUACUUGACCAAAGAAGCCCAGUAUUUGUGUCUGCGUCGACUCUCUGCUCCCAACUACAUAACAAUUAUAAAGAACCCAGUUAUGGAGGAGACAGUGUGGGAGCAGUACACAGUGACCCUACAACGGGACCCUAAAAUGGGAUUUGGAAUUGCUGUAUCAGGCGGGAGAGAUAAUCCAAAUGAAGAAACUGGAGAAAUAUCAAUUAUCGUCUCAGAUGUGCUCCAGGGAGGGCCUGCAGAUGGUCUGCUGUUUGAGAACGACCGAGUGAUUCAGGUCAACACUUCUCUCAUGGACAGUGUCCCUCAUUCCUUUGCGGUGCAGACUCUUCGCAAGUGCGGCAAAGUCGCCAAAAUAAUGGUAAAGAGGCCGCGGAGGGUUCCGGUCAACCUACUGAAGCGUGCACCUUCCCCAGAUGACCGUGUGUUCUGUAACCCUGACUACAGUGAUGAUUACGACUAUGACCAGGACAGACGCAGUGUCUACAGCCGGCCAGACCAUGACGUCGGUUCUGAACGUGGCUACCCAGACUCAGAGUAUGACUACGACCGCGGCAGCCGCGGCCGUACACUGGAGCGUGAUGUGAGCCCUGACCGACAGUAUAGUCGAGACGGCAGCCGGGGACGACUGCUGGACCGGGAGCACAGCCCCGACCGCCGUUAUCGCAGUGACCGCGCCCUGGAUCGUGACCGCAGCCCCGAUCGCCGUUACCGUAGUGAACACACACUGGAUCGGGACUACAGUCCAGAUCGCAAUUACCGUAGUGAUCGAGGCCGUAGCCCGGACCGCCGUUACCGUAGCGACUAUACUCUGGACCGGAUGCACAGCCCAGACGAGCGCUACAGGGGCCGAGAGCAGAGGAGGUACGAGCCCCACCAGGAGGAGCCGCCGAAGAGAAGCAGCAGCCGAGACCGCCUCGACCACUCUCCCUCACUGGCUCCAUCACGAGAACCAGAACCACUGGACAAACCAGUCAGCGUCCUGCUACUGAAGAACAGGCCUAAUGAGGAAUAUGGUCUGCGCUUGGGCAGUCAGCUCUUCAUUAAAGAGAUGACCAGCACAGGACUGGCCUCUAAAGCUGGAAACCUGCAGGAAGGAGACAUCAUUCUAAAGAUCAACGGUACAGUCACAGAGAACUUGUCUCUGAGUGAUGCAGGAAAGCUGAUUGAGAAAUCUCGAGGGAAGCUGCAGCUGGUGGUGCAGAGGGACCGCCGGCAGAUUCUCGUCCGGAUGCCACCAAUGGCUGACAGUGAUUCAGAACUGGAUGAUAUUUCUGAGAUUGAGUCAUAUCGUUCAUACUCACCUCAGGACGACAGACGAGGGCACCACUCCGAUCUUUCAUCUCACUCCUCCAACGAGAGGCUACGGGAAAAACCCAGGGAUGAGCCUCCAAACAGGCUGGCUAAGAUGGGUGCAAAGCCAACACCAUUCAAAGUAGCUCCUGAUGACCUGCCACCCCCUCCACCAGAGGAGCCUGAAGUUGUGGAACCUCCAGCAGCUCCAGUGGUCAGUGCUGCUCCAAAAAUAAGCGUUCCACCUAAACCCAAAGCUGUUCCAAAGGUGCCACUUCGACCAAGCCCAGAGGACCUGGAGAUAUAUGGGCCCAACACAGUGAUGAUGCGCUUCCAGAAGGGUGACAGUGUUGGGCUGAGACUGGCAGGGGGUAAUGACGUAGGUAUUUUCAUUGCGGGCGUACAAGAAGACAGUCCUGCGGAGGUGGAGGGUCUGCGCACUGGAGAUCAAAUUGUGAAGGUGAAUAAUAUGGACUUCAGGGGCAUGGUGAGAGAGGAUGCAGUGCUGUACCUGCUGGAGAUUCCUAAAGGAGAGGACGUCACUAUCCUGGCACAAAGCAAAACUGACGUAUAUGCUGACAUUCUGGCAUCAGGCCGAGGUGAUAACUUCUUCAUCCGAACCCAUUUCGACCAUGAAAAAGAUGCCCCUCAGAGCCUGGCAUUUGGCAGGGGAGAGAUAUUUAAGGUGGUGGACACGCUGUAUGACGGCAAAUUAGGCAGCUGGCUGGCAAUCCGCACAGAUAAAGAUAACCAGCUACUGGAGAAGGGCAUCAUCCCCAGCAAGAGCAGGGCUGAACAGAUGGCCAAUGUGCAGAAUGCCCAAAAAGGAGCAGGCAACGACAGAGGAGAUUUCUGGAGGCUGAGAGGUCAAAGGGCAGGCAAAAAGAAGGACCUCCGCAAGAGCAGAGAGGACCUGACUGCCAACCCGGUGACCACACGUUUUCCAGCGUAUGAGAGGGUGGUGCUGCGAGAGGCUGGGUUCAGAAGGCCUGUGGUUAUUUUUGGGCCGAUCGCAGAUGUGGCCAACGAGAAAUUAGCUAAUGAUAUGCCGGAGGAGUUUGUUAUUGCAAAGACAGAACCCAAAGAUGCAGGCUCAGAGAAAUCCUCAGGAGUGGUGAGACUGAACACUAUCCGGCAGAUCAUCGAACAGGAUGUGCAUGCUUUGCUCGAUGUCACCCCUAAGGCUGUGGACACCUUGAACUACACACAGUGGUACCCCAUCGUAGUCUUCCUCAACCCGGACAGCAAACAGGGUGUGAAGACUAUGAGAAAUCGUUUAAUACCUGGCUCUAACCGCAGCUCCCGCAAACUCUACGAGCAAGCUGUAAAACUCAGAAAGACAUGCUCGCAUCUUUUCACUGCUACAGUGGAUCUUACCUCAGCUCAUGAUGCAUGGUAUGGAAGUCUGAAAGAAGCCAUCCAUGAACAGCAGAACAGAGCUGUGUGGGUCUGUGAAGGCAAGCUGGAUGGCUCUGAGGAGGACGUGGACCUUCAUGAUGACCGCAUGUCUUACCUGUCUGCAAUGAGCGCGGACUACCUUAGUAUGGACAGCCGUCUGACCAGCGAUUAUGAUGACACAGCAGAUGAGGGAGGAGCCUACACAGAUAACGAGCUGGACGAGCUCACAGAUGAGCCGCAGGUGCCUGGGAUCGGCCGCUCCUCAGAGCCAGUGCUGCCUGAUGAGAAACCCGCCCCUGUGCCCCGUAUGAAACGGGCUGGCAGCAAAGAGGUGCUGCGAGACUCCAGUCCCCCUCCUUCCUUUGUCCCAGAACCCCCCAAGGUCAGGUCUCAAACCCGCGGCAGUGAUUCUAGAAGUUUUGACUCUCACUCCAGUAGCACAGUGAGCAGCGAUGCUCCCAUCAGCUCUAAACCCCUUCCGCCGCCCGUGGCCCUGAAGCCCAGCUUCUCCGCCCGACCUGUCCCGCCUCAGGGACCUAUCUCAGAGGCAGAUGAUCCAGCUAACCGCUCGUUCAUGGGAAAGGUGAAGGCUUUUGAGCAGAUGGACCACCUGGCCCGAGCGCAGAGGAUGUUGGAGUUGCAGGAGGCUGAGCAUGCACGGCUCGAAAUCUCUCAGAAGCAUCCAGAUAUUUAUGCAGUCCCUAUGAAACCAAAGCCCAAUCAAAACAGACCUCAGCCUAUUGGUUCCAGCUCCAACUCCGAAUCCCACAGCUCAUCAUCCAAACCGUCCUACUCAGAGGGCCGUGGCCCUUACCGCUCUGCUGCUGAUGAUGAUGAGGAAGAGUAUCGUCGUCAGCUCGCUGACCAAACUCGCCGAGGCUACUACAACCCCCAGAAAUACAAUGACACAGAACUGUAGGACGAAAUCUCCCUGCAGAUUCCAUGCCUAUGAACUGACUUUUCCAUGCUUGCCCAUAAAUCCAGUCUUUCAUAGCAGCCAUUUCAAGGUUGGGCAAGCUCUACUGAAGUAUAACAAAUUUCAUUCAACCUGUAGCACAGUCAGUUUUGUCAAAAUACAAAUGCGGUAUUAAUUUCCAAUUGUUUUUUAUAUAUGCAUGUAAAAGGUCAUGUUAGGAUGGAUCAGAUGGGGUUUUUUUGUUGUGUAACAGCAUGGUGGCAAAUUUGUCACCAUUCAAUUCCACCUGGUUUCGAUUAGCUGCAUUUUUAACAGGAAUCUCAGUCUUACAUAGUGAAUUUAAACUGUAACCUAAAUUUAUUUGGAUUUUUGUGGACAUGCAGUAAGGCUUGUCUGACCUUGCAGCAGCUGCUGUGAAAGAAUUUGUGGGUGAGGUAUGGAUUCGGCCAUGACAAACUGACCCAGUGUUCUCUAACAGAUGUUUGUUUGGUGUGCCAAACCUGUCUGUCAUUAAGGAGUGGAAAUGUGAAUAUUGGUACAUGCAUGCUAAAGUCAAGCUAACGCUCCUAGACCUUGAAAUGAUGUUGCAUGAAAGUAAGUCUACUCUCAAAAUUGGAAACGUAUUUUACCUGCCAUACUGGGUAGAGCUGGUUAGUGUUUGGUAUGUUGGUCACCAGUCUUGGUGUCAGUUCAGUGCCCAGUAGCAUUAGCUUUCAUGCAGCAAUAUUUAUAUAUAUUUCAGCUCCUUAACAGCCUUGCAAUUCAAGGGAUCCAAAUGGCAAAAUGUAUCCGGUUUGGAAUGUUUUAGUUCACCACAGGGUUCUUCAGAAGUGACUGUUAAAAGCACUGUUCAGACUCAGAGCUCGGAAUAUGUACAGGAUAACACAACAUCCAAGGUCUAUUGGAGACUGCAGAACGUUCUCCUCUAUUCACUCUUGAUUCAUUUCACUUGCCAGUUCUUCCUCCAGAACGUUCUAAUAUGUUAAAAGGUCGGUUCUUGCUGGAGAGUGUUGGGUCAGUGUGCUCUGGCCUUUAUUAAUGUGGACCCUGAAGGUAUUGUUGGAUGGAUCAUUGCUCUGUUCUGAAAAAGGCCCUGGCUGUUCAUAAGAACAGUUUUCACCUCCCUCAGUGUAUCAAGGGCUUUUAUUAAAGCACAUAUUUAAAAAGAAGCAGUAUGUCAGGGAAUGUGGAAUUCUAGUGUUGAAAAGUAAGGGGAAUUCCACCCAUUUUUCAAAAGUUCUGCUUAUUUGACUCAUUGAGAUGUAAAGUCAUUCAGAGUUGAUAUGAUGUUGCAGAGAAACUUGCUCACUGGUUUUCCUUACAGUGGUAGUGAUGGGGAACCAGGAGUCACAGUGUCAGCAAUACAAAUGCAGCCAUUUUAUGUAUUUUUAUAUAUAUAUAUAUAUAUAUACAAUAGUCAGUGAAUCUGUGGCAUUAAAAGUCUGCUCCCUAUCAUCACCACUGUGAACAAUUUUUACUCAGUACCUUUGUACAGAACAUUUUAUACCUAACCACUCUGAUUGAAUAUGUUUACAUCUAAACCACUUAAUUAUGCAGAAAUUUUGAAAAUCGGUGGAAUCCUUUGAAACACAUAUGGCAGUACUGCUCCCCUCUUAAAGGUGAACAUCAUCUAUUUUUCUUUUUAUAUUUGUACCAUUUUUUUUUUAUAUGAAACAGAAAGACUUGGUGUAUAUUUUCAUGUAGUGUGCCGACUCUAUUACACUAUUUUGUUACACGCCUUUGCAAAAUGAUUUUAUUCAUCUGCAGUUUCUGUAUUGUUUCCUCUAGUGAGAGUUUAUAGAUUUUGGAAUGACAGAGUAGUAAUGGUCACAAAUUAUGUGUUGUAAACCUAUGCAUCAUGUAUGAAUGAAAAGAUGAUUAUAUCACUCUAUGAAUAUAUGAUACACUUCAACUGCCUUAAACUUGCUUUCUGAUUUGAGGCUUUUGGAAGAGAAACAGCUACAUUUUAUCAUGUCAAAGCUUAUUUCCAUAGAAUACAGACAACUUUUAUAUCAACUUUUGCAUUUGGAUAUGAUUGAUAUUAGGUCCGUACUAUUUCUAUGUCUUUACGAUCUCUGCUUUGGACUCCCUGUGAAUGUGGAUAUGUUGUAAAUCAACGUGUUUUUAACUUUCAAAAACAAACAAAUAAAAAACUUCUGUAUCUGUUUUA